UGAAAAGGUGGGAAAUUUAAUAGGCUAUGGUUGCGUGGAAUUGGAUAGUAGAGGGUGAGGACCCCAUUUCCAGAAACUCACAACCCAUCUCUGUGUCUAUAAGUGUAGAAAAAAAGGCAUCCAAUUCCAAUCAAUUGAAAACUCAAGAAGAAGAAGAAGGAUGAAUCAAAGCUCGGAAGAAACAGAGAGCAGCAGCAGCAGCAGCUGGGAUCAGGGGACGAAGAAGACCAAACGGGCGCCCAAAAACAGAGACAGCAAUGGCAAGCACCCGGUUUACAGAGGGGUCCGAAUGCGGAAUUGGGGGAAAUGGGUGUCCGAAAUCCGCGAGCCACGCAAGAAAUCGCGCAUUUGGCUCGGCACUUUCCCGACCCCUGAAAUGGCGGCCCGCGCACACGACGUGGCCGCCCUCAGCAUCAAGGGCGCCUCCGCCGCCGCCCUCAACUUCCCGGACCUCGCCCACCUCCUCCCCCGCCCCCUCUCCCUCUCCCCACGCGACGUCCAGGCCGCCGCCACCAAGGCCGCCCACAUGACCAAUUUCGACUCCUCCUCCUCCGCCGCCGCCACCGCCGCCGCCGCCGAAGACGACGAUUCCUCCGCCUCCUUCGACUUCUCCUCCUCCGAUGAGCUCGCCGAGAUCGUCCAGCUCCCCACUCUCGGAACCACCGCCGCCUACGACUGCAACCAAUUCGUCUACCCCGACGACCCCUGGCUCCACAAUCUCGACCCCGACGACGGUAAGAUGGGAAUCGGAUUCGGAAUCGGAAUCGGAAUUAUUGAAUCAUUUUCCAUCAAUUAUUCCAUCUUCUAAUUCCUUCAAUCCAACGUAACCUUCUUCCGCUUCCACUGUGUGCUGCUUUUUUAAUCCACUUUCCCCCAAAUGUUACCUUCUUCUUCUUCUUCUUAUUAUUAUUGUAACUUUUCUUCUCUCGUCUUCCCUGUCUUUCGUUUUUUUGAGCCCUUUUGGUUUUUCUUUCAAAGGGCUUAAAAAAAUUWUWAAAAAAAAAAAAAAACUGUACAGUGUUGGAAAUGAAAUCCCAAAGAGGGAAGUUUGUCAUUAAAUUUCCUUUUCUUGGUUGGUGUUAACAGUUAAAGCCUGAAUUGCUGCCUUAAACACGAAUUUGAAAAUGU